AUGGGUCAUAGGAAAAAAGUUCACGCAUUCAUCCAUGCCAAACCCACUGAUGACUUUGCUCAUGAAAUGAUCAGAUAUGGAGAUGACAAGAAAAGCACUCAUAUUCACUUAACACAAGACACUCGGAAAGGAGUCGUCACUCCCCAGCACACAGACUGGUCGUUCAAGCUGGAUGGAGUUCUCCAUGAUGCCUCCCAGGACUUGGCUUAUGAGACAGUCUCCAAGGAGGUGGUUUCUCGGGCCCUCAAUGGCUAUAAUGGUAAUUUAAUUAAUUAA